UGCAUUUAGGUUGUUUACGCUUGAGUUUUAUCUUCCUUGUUAUAUUUUAUCCGCUUCGAAUACAUAGUUUGUAAACAAUUGGGCAAGAUGGACGUGCAAAGAGCUGGGAAACUCACAUCAAAUACUAGAAAAAUGUGUGAUACCGACGGAAGACAAUCCAAUACAGACAAGGCUAAGGAGAUAGCCCAACCAAAACAGAGGAAAAGGACAGACCAAAAACGAAAGCGGUUAGGGAGUGAUAGUCCAACUAAAACAGAGGAAAAGGAAAAACCUAAAACGGACGACACUUGCGAAGAAGUCCAGCCAAAGCGAAGGAAAAAGACGCACCGAAAACGGACACGGCCAGGGGAUGAUAAUCCAACUAUCAUAACCUUCGAUUUAGAAACUACAGGAUUGAUUGAUGAUGAAGACAAUAUGCCACACAUUACACAAAUAGCGGCCAUGGAAAAAAUGUCUCGUUUAAAGUUUUGCAUUUAUGUAAAACCGAAAAAAAGUUUAACAAAUGAAGCCAAGAGCCUAACUGGCAUUGUAAUGACUAAUGCUGAUACAAUGUUAGUUAAAGGCAAAAAGGUGAACGCAGUCGGGAUCAGAGUAGCCAUUGGUAAACUGUGUGAGUGGUUGGAACGGUUUUCUAAUGUCUCUUUGGUAGCCCAUAACGGUCGAUGGUUUGAUUUUCGUGUUGUGAAAUCCGCCAUCGAGAGUAUUGGUAUGGAGGACAGACUCUAUAAAUGUGUUUGUACAUUGGUGGAUUCCCUUCCAAUUUUCCAAAAGAUGUAUCCGGGAAAGUCGAAUAAGCAAGCUGACCUUGUACUUUCCCUGCUUGGAACUGGGUAUAAUGAGCACGAUGCCACUGCUGAUGUAGCUGCGCUAAGCAAACUCAUCAGUCAUGUCGAUCUAUAUCGAAAAGAAAUCCUGAAAUACAGUUUUAAUUUUUCGGAUAUUUAAACAAUGGUCUGUUUUAAAAGGUCUUUGGACAUUAUAAGUAGUAUUUGAUAUUGCGAAUUGUAUGUUGCGAAUGAAAUCGUAGUUCGGGAGUGUGUAUUUGUACCUGUUGUUGAUGCAUGGCUUUAGGUGUGUGUUUUUUAUCAAUUUUGCUUUGUUUUUGUGAUGUAUUAGAGCCUUUAUAUAUUCUGUACCUAUAUUUUGAUAAUGUGUAUGUAUGCUAUUAGAGCCAAUAUAUAUUGUAAACCUAUAGUUUGAUAAUGUGUGUAAGUACUAUUGGAGCCAUUAUGUUUUGUAUGUCUAAAGCUUGAUUAUGUGUGUUAGUGCUAUUUGAGCCAUUAUAUAUUCAAGACCUAUAUUUUUAUAAUGCAUAUAAGUGCUAUUGGAGCUUUUUAAUAAACAAACCUAGAUUUUUUUAUAAUUUUUGUUGUUAUUUAUUUAAUCUCUGAAGUUUAACACUUAAUUGAGUAUGUCGAAACAGAACAAUGCGUAGAAGUGACUGCAUACAAUCCAUGCGAGUUUACAGUUUUUAUUAGAUUGCCAUUCUUAAGCAAAGUGUUUUUUUUAUCUUGAAAAAUCGUUUAUAUAGUUUAAACACUCAAUAAAAACAACUUGUUUUCACUGACUGUGCGGUUACCACAAUGUUUACCAAUGAUGACGGUUGGAUAACCGUGAAAUGGGUCUUGUCUUGUUGCGCGCUAUGUGUCAUUUUUGAUAAAAAUGAUUUUAUUGAAUAGGAUCGUUGUUAAAUCUAGGCUUCUGUGUUGAUCCUAAAAUUUCUUUUUGUUGUUUUGAUAACCUACAUGCAACAAUGCAAUUUUCUAUUGCACUUGUCUGAUGUUUUCUCCCUUAUAGUCUUGCAAGCGUUAAUAUUGAAAUACCGUUACUGGUAGAGUUCAUAUAUAAUUACAUUCAAAAUUGUUUUGUUCACUCGUCCAAUUAUGAUUAAUUUUGUAGUUGAAUAUGGCACAGUUAGUUUAAAACAAAUGCAUAUUGGGUGUCGGUUAUAAGGGCAGGACCAGUUGUGCAUUUGCCAUUGCUGUCAAUAGAUUCUCUUUUAAACGGAGACUCAUAUCAUUAUAUUUCGAUGUAUUCGUUAAGAGAAAUUUAAAAUUUUACAUGAUCACUUUUCAAAUCUCUUGAAUAUAUCUCUUGCUGCUGUUGGAAAUUUACGAU